AUCCGGAAGCGGCAGAAAAUCGGCGCUCUGGCAGCGUGUGUGCUGGUAGCCGCCCCCGGGGGUGGGAAAAUAAAAGGUACACAGGCAGGAGAGCUGGCAGAUUUAUCAAGGGAACUCUUGCGGGAAGACGGAGAUCCCGAAGUCCGGCGCUUCCACCUCUAUGAGAGAGUAGGCACCCCGGUAUGUCUACGUCAACAGGUCAUAAGCAACCUCCAUUUACACAUGUGGGUGGUAAGCGGCUCCCCCGGCCUGAGAGGUCUCCACGCAUGGACAAAAGCCAAAAUAGACCCGCAAAGAAAGAACCCCUCCCACGUGGUCAUCCCUCACCAAGUGAUCUUUUGGCCUCUACUGGUGAGAAGAAAAAGGCACCAGAUAUUGCGAAGGAAGAAUCAAACUCAAGCGAAGAAGAGUAUUUCCCACAAAGUGACUCUUCUUUUACCAUGGAUGGUGAGCACGAUAUAUCGACUUUCAUCAAACGGGAACCUCUUUCGAGCGACAGUGAACAUUCCUUGUCCAUGGAUGAUACAGAAAGCCUGUCAAUCAUCAUAAAGGAAGACCCUUCCUCCAGCGAGGAAGACUCCUCACCCUCGGACAGUGCCACUUCAAGGCACCGCACAAAAGCGACGUCCGUGAACAUUGCAGAGAAGCCCCAUUCAACAGAUGAGGGACAAUUGUCUGACAAUGCCAUAGAUCAAUCACAAAUUUUAAUAGUUCAGAUUAAGGAUGAGUCCCUUUUAAACGAGGGAGCAAAUGUUACCAGAAGCGGACCCAUUGAGCGUAUUCCGCGGCCACCGAACCACGCUGCGGGCAGGCUGAAGAGGUUGGGGGGUUACGCUGCAGAGGAGAUGACCGUCAUCUGCCCCAUCUGUGGAAAGAGCUUCAGCAACAGCCGGAAGUUUGUGAAGCACCAGAGGGCUCACACGGCAGAGAAGCGCUUUGCUUGCAAGGAGUGCGGGAAGGCAUUUGCCAGCAACUCCACCCUAAUUAAGCACCAGCGGGUCCACACGAGGGAAAAGCCGCACCCGUGUUUGGAGUGUGGGAAGUACUUUUCCAGCAAGCCCAGCCUGCGAGAGCACAAGAAGCGCCACACGGGUGACAAGCCGUUCGCCUGCGACCAGUGCGGGAAGUGUUUCGUCAAGAAGUCCCACCUCACGGUCCACGAACGGAGCCAUACCGGGGAGCGCCCAUUCUCUUGCCCGGAGUGCGGCAGGGGCUUUCCUACCAGCUCCAGCCUCCGUGCCCACCAGAGCGUCCACACCAAGGACACACCAUUCACGUGUUUAGUGUGUGGCAAGGAGCUGAAGAGCCAGGCCAACCUAAUCUACCACCAGAGGAUCCACACAGGGGAGAAGCCCAACACCUGCCCGGAGUGUGGGGAAUCAUUCAUUAGCGGGCCCCAGCUUCUCGUCCACCUGAGAAGCCACACUGGGGAAAAGACCUACACUUGCCAAGACUGCGGGAAGGACUUUGUCAGUCAGUCCCACCUUGACCGCCACCAGAGAACUCACACGGGCGAUAAGCCUUAUGGCUGCCCAGAGUGCGGCAAGUGCUUCCCCAGUAAAUCCCACCUGGACAUACACCGUCGUAUUCACGCAGGUGAAAAGCCAUACACCUGCCCCGACUGUGGCAAAGGCUUCAUCACCAACUCGCACAUGGUUAUCCACCGGCGCAUCCACACAGGCGAGAAACCCUACUCCUGCUCGGUCUGUGGGAAAUGUUUCAGUGGGGCCUCCAACCUUAUCAAGCAUGAACAGAUACAUGGGGGGGAGAAGGCCUACACCUGCUCAGAGUGCGGGAAGUGCUUCCUAAGGAAAGAUGCCCUGUUCAAGCAUGUACAGACCCACCGGAAGACCAUAACGUAAAUGGGACCCUUUGACUGUGUUUUGUUCACCGUUCAUCCUCUGAGGCUACAGAUUUUGCCAAUAUAAAGGACUGUCCUAGUGCUAGAUCCCUGUAAGAGAGUGGUUCCUCUUAUGUACAGAAUGGGACGGGGAGGAGUCUUGGCUUAUAGAGGUGUCAGCUAGAUAUCCUAAAGUCUAGCUUACUUACCAACACCCUAGAUCAGGGGUCUCCAAACUUUCUAAACAUAGGGCCAGUUUACUGUCCUUCAGACUUUAGGGGGCCGGACUGUGGACAGUGGGAGUAGAAAAUGC